GCCACAUUUGCACGACCACACCGUGGGAAAUUCUUAAUUAAAUGCUAUUAACUUUUUCGGCAAUCCCAAAUCGUGCACACAGCGAUAAGGCGUGCUCCCUACCUGUGAUUAGAUAGAGCACUCGAUAAGGUCACCCCGCCAGACCACGCCAGAUGCUCACGAGCCAUGCUGUGCUUCAAUCUCAAAAUUGCCACAAUCUUCCGUGCAUAUCGCGAUGAGUCUGUGCGAGAUCGGAGUCAGAGUCUGUGUACCCCACCGCCCAGAACGCCUCCUCACCGUGACAUUGGGGCGCUGCGUGUGCUUCAGCGGAGGGCAUCGAGCGUGAUUUCGUCAGCAACAGAAUUAAUUUCUCGUCGUGGUGUUUUCGCCAGGCGUAAUUAUGGAUCUGUUGAUAAGUUACCACAGUGUGAACUGGAGGGGCUUGACCAGAAUUGCAGACGUUUCAGAUUGGAGAAUGGCGAAAGCAUGGCAGAGAAAGAUGAAGUCUUUGGCAGUCCGAGUACGCCCAUCUUGGAGAAUCCUGAGCACCAGACUCGAUGGUAUUUCAAGUAUUUCCUCGGAAGAUUGCACCAGAACUACGUUGGAAUUGAUUCGGACAAGACGCCGUACUUCCUGUCGGUGGUGUCACAGGACUCAGGGAGCAAAUACAUGCCUUUGUAUAGAGUUAUAUUGUUCAGGAAACAGGGUGCCCAAAAGCUCGCGCUGCCAUUUAAUCCGCAGCAGAAGUUGACGGUGAAGCAGAUUCUGGCACACUUCCCGUCCAUGGACACCAACAAGACACCCAAGGAGCUCUUCUCCGCCGACAUCCAGAAGGAUCUGCUGCUGCUGGAGGAGCAAGAGGGCUCGGUGAAUUUCAAAUUCGGCGUUGUGUACAUGAAGAGUGGUCAGAAGGCCGAUGACGAAAUGCUGAGCAAUGAGUGCGGCAGUGAGGAUUUUGAUGAGUUUCUGGGCGUGCUGGGUGAGAAGAUCCGCUUGAAGGGGUGGCAGCAGUACAAAGGCGGACUGGAUGUGAAGAACGACAUGACGGGCAGAUACUCCAUUUACACCAUCUACGAAGGUCACGAAAUUAUGUUUCACGUCUCAACACUGCUCCCCUUCUCACGCGACAGGCAGCAGGUUGAGCGCAAGAGACACAUUGGAAAUGAUAUCAUCAACAUCAUCUUCGUGGAUGGAGACGAGGCGGAUUUCUCACCGAAUUGCAUCAAAAGCCAAUUUACACAUAUUUUUGCCGUCGUCACGAAACGUGGCAAAAAGUACAGAUUGUCUAUGUACUGUGAUGAGACGGUUCCACCAUUUGGGCCGACACUCCCUGAUCCACCUGAGUUUCAGAAUCCCACGACAUUUCGUGAAUUUUUGCUGGUGAAAUUAAUUAAUGGGGAGAAGGCAACAUUCCAGACACCCACAUUUUUCCAGAAGCGCCAACGAACGCUGGAGAUGCUCAUUCGGGAUUUGUACGAGGAAUACCAGCACGACUCGAAAAUGACGAUGCUCAAUCGACGUGCAUUCUCUGAGGUGCUGUACGACGCCCCGCGGGCGUCGAAGCUGAAGGAGGACGCGCGUCAGGUGGAGUUCGUGAGGAUUGGACAGGCCCUAAAGCUGGAGGCGAUUGUACGCGGCGAUGCUCCCACGAGCCUGGCAACGGCAGGACCCGGAUCGGUGUUCAAGAGGCCACCAUGGGAGCCCCAUUGUUUCUAUGCGGCCUUCAACCACCGUGGUAACAUCGUGGGAGAUUCUUGGGGCUGUGACGCUUUAUUUUUGGCGACUGACGAGGGCACAUUUCUGAUUAAAGAGGACCAAAGCCAUCAGAUUGUUUUCGAUCGCACCUUCACCAUUCGACAAUUAAGUGUGUGUGAGGAUUAUGGCAUUGUUUUGAUUCGAGGCGGGGCGGCCACGCACAAGGAUGGCCACCGGAUCUACGUCUUUCAGCUCACGGACUUCAUGGAGGAGAGCAUCAAGUGCAGAACUCGCAUGGACGUGAAAGCUCACAGAAUCGAGAAGACAAGAGGAACUCAUUUGUAUAGUAUCUCCUGUGGCAGCGAUGGCCACCUGAAGAUGGCCGUUGCCAUAGGGCGGAAGCUACUCAUGUACCAGUGGAGAGAUACGGCGGCCAAGCACACAUGGUGCAAUAAUGGAAAUUACACUGCAGAUGGUUUCCUAUUCCUGCGGGAAAUAAAUCUUCAUGAAACACCAUCAAUUCUGACAAUAAUCGAGGGAUAUGCCAACUCGAAGUUGGACCCAAAUCAUGGUAACAUCAUUUGCUGCGGUUUCAAGCACAAUUUCGAUGUGGUGUGCGAAAGCACAGGACAAUCCUUUCGUCUGCACGAGAUUGAAAUAUCAAAGAGGUCGCAGACGCAACUUGUGGCCGCACUAGACUUGUAUGAUGGCCAUGAAACUGAACUCUUGCUCUGCUAUAACCACACAUGUCACUUUCAAAAGUUGGACGACGACAGCCCGAACACGGAGUUUGACUUCCACUGGAAUUCCUCACCAACGUCUGUUAUUUGUGCUUUUCCUUACGUUAUCGCCUUCACGAAUGACUCAAUGGAAAUCCGAUUGCUGGUGAAUGGCAAUCUGGUACACAUGGUCUCAAUGGCGGAAUUGCAGCUGAUAACAAGCAAAAAGGACAUUUUCUUCGCCACUACCGCCCCUGAGUUUAUACCAAAGGACAAUCGCAUUAAGGGCUUGGAGAAUGAGUCGGAGAGUCCAAAGGAUCAAUUGAAACAAUCCCCGAGAAUCGCAGAUAUCUCUUCAGAGCGCAUCCUUGAAAUCAAGAAUCAAAUUGAGAGGAUCGAGGAGUCGCAGAGAGUGGACAUCGAGGACAAUGUACCAAUCAAUGAAAAAGAUGACCUCAAUCGUCUCCUUGUCUGUCCUGGUGAGGAUCUUCCCUCCAUUCAUCGGGCAAGAUCACUGCAAGGCAAGGAACGAACCAAAGAACUUGACGAAUCUGGAAAGAGACACAUUUCAAAGAGCAAUUCUUGCGGAGAGACUGCAACUGUGGCUGAAUUUGCUCCGCACAAAGCUCUUGUGGAGCCUUCAGUGCCCCCAAAUUCGCCUAAGAGUAUCACAACAGACUCACCCGGAUCUCCAAAUAGCAGAAAAUUGUCCAAGAGUCUUCGUGGUGAGAAUGAUGGUGUGGAGAAGCCCAAACCUCUGCGGAUCUACAGAAUUCCAAUCGCCAAUCUCACAGGAACUCACCAUGCGCAGUCAUACCAUCCGCAGAAGACGUCGAAGGUGCAGAAAAUCCCAGAAGAUCACACUGCCGAGAGUGAAGAAGUAACAGCCACAGAUGAAAGUGUCUCUUAAUAAUCCUAAGUGAGUCCAAGACGAAGUUUGAUAUUAAACAAGAUUGCCUAGCAAUUUAGCAUUUGCAGAAAAAAUAUUAUAGUUUUAAAACUUCUGGACAGUUUGGCAAAAUUAAAUCAAAUUUAAGUUUUCAGAAAAAAACAAUAUAUUGAAUAUUAGGAGCACGUGGUAAAACUCUUCGGAAGUGUAAGAAAUUUGUCUCAAUUUCAAAACUUGUGCAAUAAUCACUCAGCAAAAACACAGAACCGUUGUCAGGUGCACAAAGAGUGGAAUUGUACAUGUGGGGAUCAGCAUGUGGUGUUAAGGUGUAAUAUUUCUUCUCUGUACUGCAAAAUGGUGCUUUCUGCAUAACUUUUGGCACUUUGUGCGGUCUGUAUGAGAAAGAAACGAGGGAAAAAUAUAUUUGAACAACUGCUGGCAGUUACAUAAAAUGUUUCAUUGUAAAUGUUAUAAAAUUUAUUAGGCUACGAAAGAUAUAAAAAACGAUAAAUCACGUAGUGGGUUAGAUGUUUCUGUGUGUGUGCGUGUUUGUGCAAAGUAUAGCAUAAGAGAGAUGUUUGAGGAAAGUCUCAAUAAGUAAAUAUGGUUUAAACUUGGAAAAACAAGAAGUUUCAGUGAGAGGCUCAGUGUUUGCAAAUGGAGCAAAAAGUAAACAAUAAUAAAUUGUUAGUGUUUAGAAAUAUUCAAGAAUAUACAUAUAGUAUAUAAGAAGAAUUUG